AAGCUAUAGAUGGCAAAGUUGUUCUCGAGCGUGAUUGCUUGAUGGGGGCGUUUACCUACAUAAGUCCUUUGAGGGUCUUUUAGCGUUUUAAAACCCUAGACCAUUCUGGCAAUGGUCUAGGGUAAUAGAAGAAUUCCGGAAGAAAACGUCGUACCUUUAGAUUACAAGUUUGAAACCGAAAUAAAAAGAAGCAGACCUGGCGGCUGGUCAAGCAGGCCCUUCUGGGUCUGGAAUUGCGCCCGUAACUCCGGGCAAAAGACCCGGGAGAAUGGGCAUUGCUGAUGAUAGCAGAGGUGUAUCACAAGGUCGACCCGAAACUACAAGAGGUGGAUUAAGAGUGUACAAAAUAGUGGUAUUGGGAGACGGGGGGGUUGGGAAAUCAGCUCUAACUCUACAGUUCGUCAACCAUAGGUUUUUGGAUUAUCACGACCCAACUAUUGAAGAUGCAUACCAACAACAAGCUGUAAUUGAUGGUGAAGCAUCACAACUGGAUAUACUGGAUACUGCAGGCCAGGUGGAGUUCACUGCUAUGAGAGAUCAGUAUAUGAGAUGUGGGGAAGGUUUUAUGAUAUGUUAUUCUGUAACUGACAGACACAGCUUCCAGGAAGCUGUUGAGUACCGUAAGUUGAUAAAUCGUGUAAGAGCCUCUGAAGAUAUUCCUCUAGUGCUUGUGGGAAAUAAAUUUGAUCUGCAGCAUCAGAGGAAGGUCUCACCAGAAGAAGGCCGUGCCUUGGCAGCCCAAUUCGGGUGUCCAUUCUACGAGACAUCGGCAGCUUUACGACAUUUUGUUGAUGAUGCGUUCCAUACUUUAGUGCGUGAGAUUCGACUAAAAGAACGUGACAGACGUCAUACAACUACUAAACUGAAUAAACACAGUCGAUGGCGACGACUGCGAUCGAUACUUGCCAUCGUCUUUAGGCGUAAACGUAAUUUCUCUCAGUAAGAAAAUGGUUACACUCCCAGACAAACAGCUUUACAAUUAAAAUGGCAGAUACCAUUAGCAUUUUGUGUGUUCUUUUUAAGUCAUUUUCUUCUUCCUCCAUUUCUCUGUGAACUUAGAUUAUAGUGGAUAACUUUAAGAUCUCAUGAUUUUCGUGUCACUUUUAUGUAAUAUCAGGACAGUUGCUUUUGAUAUUCAUAUUUAUUUUGUUAAUGUUUUACAUCUGUGUAAAAAAUCAUAAUGAUGUUGUAUGUUACAACAUGGAAGUACAAAACAUCCUUUGUUGGCAAGUUUGCCAAUGUGAAGGAAGCACAUAUAAACUUAAAUACAUUUUAUAAUAAGGUUAAUUCAUUUUGAUUAUGUUUCAAUAAAACAUAAAAUAUUUGCUUAAAUGUUGGGUACUAGUUCCCAUUCUGGGACUUGCGUACAUAGAGAGAACCUUGAAUCUUCACUCUGAUCACUGAGGAAUGUAUAUGCAUAUGUAUCGCAACAAGAGGCCAUAAGCAUGAAGUAUCCAGUUUAUGUGGCUUUCAGAGAAGUAUAUUAACAUUAACCCUGAAGCGAAAAAUCCCACCAUGAAUUACUACUGUAACUUGUAGGAAAUAUUUCCAAGCACAAUUUCAAUAGUUUUGUUGGAUAUUUUCUAUAUGAAGACAAUGUCAGUCUCUUAGUUUAAUUUGCAGUUAAUAUAGUAUGGAAGUUUUGAUGAAUGAAAACCAGUUUCUUUCCCUCACCAUAUUCUGCUCACUGUAAAACUGAAAGUGAACCAUGGAAUUGCGAAUAUAAUCAGUGAAAUUUCAUGCAUGUAGUUUAACUUAUUGUACUGGUAUUUGGUUUGUGACUGUUCCUGCUGGUUGAGGUGAAGUACAGGACAAGAAGCGUAUGAAACUGGGUAGUCCAAAAAUAACAAUAAAAGUGAAAAUCAAUAAUUAAAAAAGUAUUGAUAGUAUCACAGAAUGGUUUUCUUACAACUGCUUAUGACAUGGAAUAAUGCUUUAAAUAAAACUGAAAGAAGUAACAUGCUAGUUAAAUUUUUCACAUAAUUUGAGUCAGUAAUAUCCUACAUUUCAGCUGUCACCAAUUACAUUUCAGUUAAAUUAAAUUAAAAGUGUACUUCAUCUGCCCAGUUUGCAUUCAAAAGCUAGUUUUCAUAAUUUUCUAUUUGAGCCUGUUGGGAAAUCAGUUUCACUACUGAUGGGUGACAGCUCCAGACACAAAUAACAGUAUCAACUCCCAGUUAAAAUUUAUCUAGUCUGGUAAUAAAGUUUUCAUUGUCAAAAGAAAAAUCCAGUACAUAUCUGUGGAAACCAGAGUACUGUUAAUGAUACGUCCUUACUUAUUGAGAUUUUAUGUCUAAUUACAAGUAUUUACUCCUUCCCAGCCCCUGCAUAUUUUACUGUAUAGUAAGAUGGAUGACAAUUCAGAUGUAUUCAGUCAAUUUUGGUCAUGCAUACCGUCAGAAGAUAACUUUGUAAUUCAUAAAGAUAUGUUGAAAAUGAAAUCGAACUGAAAGUUAAAGAGUAAGAAAAUCCAUACAAUAAUUACUUUUUUAUUUAUUUUUCUUCCAAUUUCACUUUUUACAAGUAGAAAUUACUAACUGUGUGUAUGCUUGCAACAAAUUGUUCCACUAAUUCUCAGUUGUCUACUUCACCAUUUUUACAAACAUUUCACGUUCAGUAGUUAUGUCAAAUAAAAUUUGGCCAACAAGAACAGCCAAGUAUGAGGACCAUACCUUGAGCUUGUGUUUCAAGCUGACAGGGAAAUUGCAUCACUUAGUUUUUCAUUUCGAUUCCAUCUUUUCUUCAGUCUCACUGUGUUUGCUUUGGUUCCUAUCAUUCUUGCCCGCAUUCUUCUUCUUGAGAUGUCAGUAAGAUUUAUUUCCUCAUAUAUUUCUGAAGAAAGAAUGUUUGUACCUGCGAGUUUGACAUUUGAAUUUAAUCUGUAAUGGUCUUUUAUCUAUUUCACUACCAAUGCUUGAAACAUUUAAAUGGAUAUAAUUUUCCAUAAUGUGUUUUUAAUUGGAGGCUCAGACUUCUCUCAACCAUAAAUAUUCAGAAGUUUAACUUACUCAGUGUGACCAUUCAUAGGGAAACUGACAUCCACAUAAUUCUAUCAGUAUCACACUGAAAUGUAUGUCAAAGUCCAAUCUAAAAUCUAAAGAAUACAACUGACAUCCAUGUCAGUCGUGAUUUUCAUUUCUGUAUUAUUAAUGUUUUGAUUGUUUUGUUAAAACAGACCUCUAUUUUGAAAAAAAAAAAAAUCUGUUGAAUGUGUAGCACUGUAUUAGCAAAAAAUAGAGAAUAGUGGAAAAAAAAUUGAAGCUAAAUCACAGUUAUCAUAGUUGAUACGGUAUACUAUGCAGAAUUGCUAACAUUAACAAAAAAGCUUAAGAAUUCUCAGUUUUUUAACAUUGAAUAACAAGAUAUAAAGGGAUAGAGACAAUUUAUAACCGGGAGAGCCAAAGAACUUGUUCCUUACUGUUAAGACAUUCCAGAAAGGUAAACUGUAAAGUCAAGUAUUGUAAAAAAAGACUCAAUAUCAUUUUAGCCCCUGUAGUUGCACAUCCUUUGCUUUCCUCGUCUUGGUCUUCUGCUGAUCAAUAAGUCUAAAAACGUAUUUUCUAAUCUCCUUAGGCCACUAUCAUGUAUGUUUCUCUAAUUUUCUAAUAAAUACAACUUCUUUUCACUACCUUUACUUUUUAGUUCUAAAUUGAGGUAUACAACUUUUCAUUCAAUCAUCAGGCACAAUGAUGAUAAUAUUUUUAAAUGAUUAUUUCAAUCUAAAUUUGAGAACAAUGGACCCAUACUUUUAAUACAUUUUGGAUCAGUUAUGAGCAUUCUUGUAAAUAAGCAGAAUCAUGUUUUCAGGCCCCUUGAUAAAAUAAAUUUAACUGCACUUGAGGUUAUCAUUAGUGCUUGCUGUUUCUUGCAAAAUGAAUCUAAUUUUACAGCUGAGAAAUAAAAGAAUGGUUUUCAUCUUGAAAUCUAAAAUAUUUAUUGCAGACAACAAUUUUGUUGCAAAGUGUGGUGCUUUUUGUUAGUUUCAAUUCAUGAUUGAUUAAAGUUGCUGAAAACAAUGUAUUGGUAACAGGCCUAAGCUACCAUGAGUGAUGUAGUCAGUUGUUUUCAAGAAUGGUACCUAAAUGUCAUUAUUGUAACAACUUUCUUUGUUAUGGUAAGUAACACUAGUACCCUACAAUGAAUAUUUCACGUAUAACACAUGACAGUGGAGCCUAAGAUAUUAUAUGCAAGGAACAAACUGUGAAAUGGAAAGAUAUAGUACUCUGUCAAGAUUACUCGUUAUACAACUAUGCAAUUACAUUAUUGGAUGUGUGAAACAGAUUGAUUGUUAUCAAAAAUUUUGCUUGUUAGUAGUGUGUACAGUAUUAGUUUUUACCUUACAUUACUAUUAGAAGGGGAAAACAUAAUCCAAACCCUAACAUUGAAACAAUUUGAAAUUAAUAAUUUGUGAAGUAUUUGCUUUAGUCACAAUGGGUCCAAUUACUGUUCCAGUAAACGUGGCACUAAAAGUUAGUGCACAGAAAUACCUCUACUGAAUUGAUGAUAUUAAUUUACCUUUGUACUUUUGCAUAUUGUAAAUAUAUUGCUGCAGUGUAAUUAUGAUUAUUGACUUAUUUAAUACUGAUGUACAAAAUAAAAAUGAUUUUGUUGUUUUGUA